ACAUCUCUCUCUCUCUCUCUCUCUCUCUCUCUCUCACCCACCCCACCAAAAAAAAAAAUGGAAAGGAAUAAACUAUGCAAUUCAUCCCAAGAUGCUGAAGUGAGAAAAGGGCCAUGGACCAUGGAAGAAGAUAUGAUUCUGAUCAAUUAUAUUGCAAACCAUGGUGAAGGUGUAUGGAAUACCCUAGCCAAGUCUGCGGGUCUUAAACGAACCGGAAAGAGCUGCCGGCUCAGAUGGCUGAACUAUCUGCGACCUGACGUUCGAAGAGGCAAUAUUACAGCUGAGGAAGAGCUCUUGAUUGUGGAAUUGCAUGCUAAGUGGGGAAACAGGUGGUCCAAGAUUGCAAAGCAUCUGCCUGGAAGAACUGACAAUGAAAUAAAGAAUUACUGGAGGACUAGAAUCCAAAAGCAUAUUAAGCAAGCAGAGAAUUUACAGGGACAGACUUCUGAGGUCAAUGACCAAGCAAGUUCAAGCCAAGCGUCUGGCAUGGCUGAACCUAUGGAUGUCUACUCUCCACCAUUAUACCAAAGAACAAUGGAGCCUAUUCAAGUCCCUUUACCCACUCCUGAAUCAAAUGAAACCUAUUGGAGCAUGGAAGACAUCUGGUCCAUGCAACUAUUUAAUGGGGAUUAAAUACAAGGAUAUACAUAUAAUAUAUGAUGUCUAAAAUUCUAAACGAUAUUUUAUAUUAAUUAAUUAGGCUUGUCUAUAGUUUGAACUUCAGUACUUAACGUAUGCUAAUAUAUAAUUAUGGCUUGUAAUAGGAUCUUCUACUCCUCUCAAUUUCUUACUAUA